AUGGACGGCGUUCGCCCUGACGACCCGUUUCUAUGGGGCGUCGAGGCCGUCUCCAAAGAGCUCUGCUCCUUGGAUCGGCCUUGCACCCAUGAUCCUGUCGCCCUCACGAAGCGGAUCAAGGAACAGGAGAUCGAUGGCCACGCCCUCCUUACCUUCGACCUUGUGUGCUCGAGUCGGGAGCUAUUCGAGAGUCUCGCCAUCAAAAUCGGCGGCCAGAAGGCGUCCCUGGGCCGGGCCAUUGUCAAGCUGCGCUCCAGGAGCCCCGCCUUUCGCCUGUGGAAGCAAGAGUUCGUCAAGGAGCAAGCCGACGAGCUCGACGAGGAAGAGGGACCUCGGCUUGUGGAAGGACUGCCGGCAACCUCGCUGCCCACGCCAGCCAGCCUGGAGUCGACCGGUGCCGCUGGCCAGGCGCCAAACAAUCAUCGGACCUUGGAUUUGAAGCGAAAACUAUGCGCACAGCUGGCAGCGUCGAGCGGAGAAUCGGCCGAGCUGAGCGGGCAACCGUCCGACGUCGUUGAUGCUUCCACGACCAUGAUCGAACCCUCCAGCGUCGCGCCUUUUGCUCGACGCCAGAGGGAAAACAGUCCCCCCAAGCGCCUGCGUGUGGUGCCGACCCUCCUCGCCGCCAGGCCGAUGAACCUGCUCCCUCUUCCCGUACCAACCGAGGCCGAUGGCGUCGACGCCGACCCUGCGCGUCAAGAUCCGUCCGAGCAAACAGAUGGCUACCCUUGGGAGCACGCCGCUUCGGAUGCCUAUCUUGGCCAAGGAGUCAUCGCUCUCUCCGCCAUCAGAUCCGCCCAAGAAACCUUCACCACGCAGAUCCUCGAGGGCGAGGGGGAGGACUUUGUCACGCAUUUCCCCGUCAAGCUGCCUGCCGCUUGGCGAAUGAUUGCCGCUCGCGUCAUGAAGCGUCUCUUGAUGAAGAACGGUCGUACCGAGGCUCUUUUGCACGCAGGCUUUGCUCCGCCGUCGUCUUCGUCUGCCUUGUCCGAAGACGACGACAGAAUCCUCGACCUGCUCGAUUUGCCCGAUUCCCCGGAUGAGGAAACCUUGCGCGAGAUGGAGGCCGAAAAUGCCCAUGCGCAACUGGCAGCGGCAUCGCGGACCGUUAUCGAAAGAGAUCGCGUGGAGGCAAUCCUGAAGGACGUCAUCGACGAGUUCAGGCAAUAUUGGGACCGGCAAAAGUUGCCAAAAUAUCUGCGCAAGGCCUACGGCAUUUGGACGACCGCCAGGAACAAGGGCACACGCAUCAGGCAGAUUCUACAAGCCCGCGAGCGCGCCAUGACAUACGACGCGAGGAUAAGAAAGCUUUGCGCCGAGAUGGUGGCGGUAGCAUGGACCAAGGAAUCCGAGAUUCGACACCAGGCCAGGUGCCUCGAGCAGAGCUUGGCCGACAAGUUUUACAACCUCUGGCUUGCCGAGAUGCUUGAGAUGCGCCUCGAGCCACCGAAGCCGACGGCGCUGCCACCACACCGGCGUCAAAAGGUCGAACGAGCUCCAAGCCCGAUGGGGAGCGAGAUCCUAACGAGCUCCGACGAGGACGAGCUCUUUGUGCGGGAAGAGGAGGGUCAUCAACUUGCGCACGCUGGCGAGAAAGGCCUGGCGCCUGAAUUUGCGACAGGCCAUCUUCCGGGUCCGGUCAUCCCCGCGCCAUCGGAAGAAUCCCCAUGCUAUGUGGAUCUGACUUGCACCGACUCACCGGAGAUGCAGGAUCCGCACCUCGCCUUCGUCGACUUGAUAUCGCCCGCCAAGCCGGGUCAAGCCCCCCCCGACGAUGCGAUAUCUUUCUCUCAAAUCACCAAUGCGACCUUACCCGUGCCGGCCUCUGCUGAUGCCGAGGAGACGCUGGAAGGCAUCGAGCAGAUUGGAGCCAUGUCCGCGAACCAUUGGGCCAAGCUGGGCGAUCGGACGAGCCUCGUCCUGUGCAUCCUGUGGAAGCUCGGCCACGCGCGCCGCUCCGACGUUUUAGAUGCCGCUCGAAGAACUUCGAGUAAGGCCCUCUACGACAACGUCUCCGCCUUCGUAAACCGCCCGGCGGAGAACAUGCUGGAGCUUGACGGAGGAGGAUGGGAAACGCUGGCCUUUGACUUGACCCGAGUCUUCCUCAGCUACAUCAAGGUCAAGUAUUGCAAGGAAGAGCGCGUCCUCGCCCUCUCCUCCAAAGACAAGGCCCGCCUCCGAAACGGGGAGGGGGCCUCGUGGAGCCGUUUUCACGCCUUCAUCAACCAGCACGCGCCGCUGUUCCCCGCCGACAGCCAGAUCUACCGCGCGGAUGCGUUUGACGACGAACCCAUCGAAAUGGACGAGACCGAUGCCGAGGUGCCUGGUCCGGACACGCCGUCCAAGCGAAGGCACGCGCCCAAGGAGAUUGUCCAGAACCAGGCGGCGGUCGACAUUCGCGAGCGCGAAAACCGCCGCGUCGAGGAGCUCGAGGCUCGUCGACGAAAGUUGCGAGCAGACUUGGAUACGGUCGGCGGCAUGUCUCGAGACAAGUCGAGGCUCAUCAUAAACGAGGCGAAGCAGGAGGACCAGGCCUUUCUCUACAUCAACGACGAGACGGCGAAGCGCAUCAAGGACCACCAGAUCGACGGCGUGCGAUUCUUGUGGAACCAGAUCGUACUGAACGACGACGUCCGCCAGGGCUGCCUUCUGGCCCACACGAUGGGUCUGGGAAAGACGAUGCAGGUCAUCACCUUCCUGGUCGCCAUCCAGGAAGCGGCCCAAUCGUCCGACCCGUCGGCGAGGGAGCAGAUACCCAACGAUCUCCGCGAAUCCAAGACGGUGAUUCUGUGCCCCGCGAGCUUGGUGGACAACUGGAUGGACGAGCUCCUUCUAUGGGUCCCGGGCGAUAUCCUCGGCAAGAUCCGCAAGGUCUCGGCCCUCAUGAAUCCAGGUGAACGGGUCGAGGCCAUCGAUGCUUGGUCAAGGGACGGCGGCAUCCUGGUCAUCGGGUACAACAUGCUGCGAAAAGUAGUCAAGAUCAGCGAGGGCGUGGCGAAAUCGCUCCUCGAACAUCCAAACAUUGUCGUCGCCGACGAGGCUCACUACAUCAAGAACCCAAACACCGAAUCCAACGAAAUCUGCUCACGGUUCAAGACAAAGGCUCGCGUCGCUCUGACGGGCUCCCCCCUGGCGAACAACGUGGAGGAGUACUACUCGAUGAUCGAUUGGGUCGCGCCCAACUUCCUCGGCCCGUCGAAGGAGUUCACUCAAAUCUACGCACGGCCGAUCCACCAAGGCUUGUGGGGAGACAGUACGGGUGCGGAGAAGCGAAGGGCCCUGAAGAUGCUCCAAGUCCUCAAGGAGACGGUGGCGCCCAAGGUGAACAGGGCGACGAUCCAGUGCCUGCGGAAAGACCUGCCGCCGAAGCAGGAGUUCGUCCUUUGCAUCCAACCGACAUCUCUUCAGACGAAAUUGUACGAGCGCUAUCUGUCGGAGCUGGGAAUAGAGUACACGGGGGAGUCCGCGACCGAGGCGAUGCCGCAGUCGCAGAUAUUCAGCAUCGUCAACGAUCUCAUGCUCCUCUGCAACCACCCACGCUGCUUCCGACAGAAGGCCUUGGGCGCCAGGCAAGCACGGCAGGAGGGCAUGCCGGUAUCUCUGACGGACAGGAUCAUCACGGCGACGCUCAGGGAGACUAAUGCCAUCAAAGACAUGGACAGCCCUUGCCUCUCGCACAAGACGGAGCUUCUGACGAUGAUCCUGGACGAGGCACGCACGGCGCGCGAGAAGGUGCUCGUCUUCACGCACUCUAUCUUGACGCUGGACUACCUCUCGAACCUCUUCGAGCUGCAGAAGAGGCGAGUUUGCCGACUGGAUGGGACCACCAAGAUUGGCAAGCGGCAGGACAUGAUCAAGAGCUUCAACACGGGCGACCAGGAGAUCUACCUCAUCUCCACCAGCGCCGGCGGCGUCGGGCUCAACAUUCACGGCGCAAGCCGCGUCGUCAUCUUCGACUUCAAGUGGAACCCCGUGGACGAGCAGCAGGCCAUCGGACGCGCGUACCGCAUCGGACAGGAAAAAGCCGUCUUCGUGUACCGCUUCGUCCUCGCGGGCACGUACGAGGAGGACCUUCAGAACAAGGCCGUCUUCAAGAUGCAGCUGGCAUCGCGCGUGGUGGACAAGAAGAACCCGAUAAGCUGGUCGAAGAGGCACGGGAGCCUCCUGCACUCGGUCGUGCCCGUGCCGGCGAGGAGCCUGGCGGAGUUUGCGGGCAAGGACAGGAUCCUGGACAAGCUCAUCGACCACGAUAGCGACGGCGCGACGAUACGCUACAUCGUGUCCACCGACGCGUUCGAGGAGGAGGACCCGACGGUGAACCUCACGGCCGAGGAGCAGCGGGAGACGGAGGAUAUGGUGAAGCUGAACCGGCUUCGCUUCGCAGACCCGGAUGCCUACACCCAUCAGUGGGCGAUGGUGUGCCGGCACCAGAUGGCCGACUUCCAGCCCAGCCACGGCCAGGCACCGGCGAGCGUACCGCGGCCGGGCGUAGGCAUGGCGGGAUUGUCCCUGACGCAGCCGACGACGGCCGGCCAAGGCUGGCAUGGGCCCUCGGAGUCUCCAGCACCGUCCUCUCAGCCGGUACAGCGGCGUCAAGAAGCCAGCUCUACGCCUUUGCUCCCGCCGACGGAGCCGUUCGACUCUCGUCCGCCACCGGCGGCUCCGAGUCACGACGCCAUGACGUCCAGUGAAGCGCCGGCGGCAUUUCAUCAACCCGCGGCGUCGGGUCCGCAAUCGGCGCUGAGCAGGUACGGCGGCCGUCCGAUGGUCGCGUGGCACGCCAAGGUCGGGGUGCCUCAGCCUACGCCGGGGACGAACACGUAUUUUGGCAGGGAAUCGCAGCCCAGCCCAGGCUUGUCGACGACGGUGACGCCGGCGGGACCGGCCCCGAGCAACGCCGUGAGCGCGUCCGGCUCAGGAGCGAGCAUGUUCAGUCCGCCCGUACGAAGCGAAGACCGGAACGAUUUUGUGAAAAUUUUGUGUCGCGGACCGAGCUUGCCGGGCAUGGCGGCUGGUGGUCGAGAGUCGACGGCGGAAAGCAUCGCGACGGCCAUCGACAGGUUUCGCAAGGAGCAAGCGUUUGGCUUUCUCCUCGACAAUCAACACUGGCGGUUGCUCAAAGAGUUUGUCGGCAACGAACGAUUUGCUCUCGCCAUCAUGUCCGGACACGUCACGGCCGUGUUUCUGGCGGCCGCCGACCGAGACGAGCUGCAGAGGCGGCUGGGGAUUCUGAGCAGCCUGUCGGAGGGCGAUUUCCGAGGCAAGCUGGUGGCGGAGGCCAAGGCACAGGAUCCUCACGUAUGUACCGAACAAGGCCGCUCCGGCGACUCCGUACGGCACGUGCGUGAUGCUGACGAGAGUGCCAGAAUUUACUGA